UUUCCACGACGAUUCCUCACGUUCCAACGAUCCCUCCCCAACAAGUCUACGGGAUAAUCCAUCGCGAACCGCGCAAAAGCUGCUUUUCCGAACUCUACUCGCCUUCUUCGUCUUCUUCUAUAAGAGAGAGAGAGACGCGCCACCCCGCGUGCGCCCAUAGCUAGCUCCCAGAGGAAAUUAACCGAAACUCCAACCGCACCCGUGCCCCGAUCGAAGCAUGCAGCCGCGCUCUUUUGAGGCGGACCGCGAGGAAGCGGCGGCCCGCGUGGAGCGGGUGCUGCGAUACAGGUUCCGCGAUCGUCUGCUCCUGGAGGAGGCCCUCACGCACAUGUCCUUCACCGACGGCGGCCGCGGCCCUUCGUACCAGCGCCUCGCGUUCCUCGGCGACUCGGCCAUCUACCUCCUGUUCUCCAAAUAUUUCUACAGGGAAUACCGCGACCUCGGCCCCGGCGAACUCACCGAUCUCCGGAAAGACUACAUCACAAACAAGAAGCUCGCUCGCAUUGCCGUCGAGCACAACCUGUACCCACUGCUUCGUCACAAGUGUCCAGGUUUCGACCGCGAAGUGAGCCUGUUUACCGACUCAGUGCAGAAAGAAACAGAGGGCAAGGCUCCAAAGGUGCUUGCUGAUAUCGUUGAGGCCAUUGCCGGUGCCGUCUAUGUUGAUAGCAGAUUUGACCUUGAAAAACUCCGCAAGGUCGCAAGCAGGUUGUUCAAAGAAGAAGCAUUGCACCUUGCGGGUGGUGAAAAGGAGCAGAUAACCAAAGCUGCACGUGGUAAUGGAUCAGAGGAGCUUGGAGAGUUCGAGCAGAAGCCUAAUGAGCAAUGCAGCAAGAAGCAUUAUUGGCCAAAACGCAUCUUUACGGGUAUACUGGCUGCAUUUUUCAUCAGCUGUACACUGGCUGCAAUCGACACCUCCUCUGAUCAUGCGAUAGUAGAGAUCUCUUUCUUUGUUGGGUUUGCCUGGUUUUGUCUGAAGAUACUUCUUUGGGUUAUUCAGCUGCAGUUAAGGGGCAUUGCCAUGCCUCCUCAAAUUAAUGGUCCCCAGCAGCAUGGUGUAUUCUGGAAGGUGGCUCAAUUUAUGGAGUAUGGACAGGUGAAGGGAAUGAAAAGUGCUCAACCAUGUCUAAGAAGUGGUGAGUUGCUGCAACUGAUGGAGCUUGUUUCGGGAGGAAUCUGUUUUAAGAUCACUUUUUUUCGGCUCAAUGGAGUGAAAAAAGCUCAAUGCCUCGAAAGCAAGAUGGCCUCAGUUGCAAGAAUAUUCUGACGUUUCCAGAAGCCCAACCGAGCCUAGCAAGGCGAGAAAAAUUCUUGCCAAGGAUGAAAAUGCACUCUGAGUCAAAAGCCGUCCUUUAAAUCAAAAUUUUGUAGGAUGAUAGAUGAUAUCAUACGUAUGUUAUAAAUAUUUGAAGAAUUUUUUCAUGACUAAUGCCAUAGUUUGGAAACAUUUGAGACCAGUUUAACCUCUGUGAUAUGAAAAUGCAUACUCAUGAAAAAUUACAAAAAAAAAUCACAACAUAGUUUAUGAUGCUAUCUGUCAUUGCACAUUUUUUUUCUUAAAACACGACUUGUGUAAGGAUGAAUAAAAAUGACAAAUGUCAUUAGGGAGUGAAGUAACCCAAUUUUAGUAGUUCAGGGAUGGAAACAAUAGGGUCAUACGGAUAACUGAAAAUUUUGGGGGAGUAAAAUAGACUUGUUCCUAGAAAAUACGUGAUAGUUGAGUGAUCAUGUUACAUCAACUGUGACUCCAUCAUAAACAUAUGCUAUGUUCCUUUGCAAUACUAUCUACAACAGCACACGGAGCUAAUAGUA